AUUUGGACGCCGACGGCGACGGCGACGGCGACUGUGACUGCGACAACGACAGCGACCUUGUCGUGCAUUUGCAUUUAGCUUUUUGGGCUAUUGCACAAUAGAGGGCGCCACACGCUAACUGCUGGCCGUCAUGACAGGAAGUGAGGUAGGCGGCUUACGUGUGUUGUUGGCCUUAGCAUAACCUUAAGCCUCCCCACAAACACACACACACACAACCAUAUCCACACAUCCACAUCCUCCGCUCCCCACUCCACCCACUCUCUCACCUGCUUGCAGUGGGCAGAAAAAUGCAGGAAAUGAGCUACCUGCAGGAUAAUUCCAAAUUGGAGGCACUCACCAAAGCCGUACUCAUCUCCAUACUGGGCGUGGCAAUUGUAUUAUCCAAUUUACUAAUCAUCGCCACGUAUGCAAAUUUCAAAGGUCCCACAGAGGUCAUCAACUACUAUCUGCUCUCAUUGGCCAUCGCGGACUUGCUAUGCGGCCUGCUCGUUGUGCCCUUCUCAGUCUAUCCCGCUCUAACGGGCGAAUGGAUGUACGGCGACAUCGUGUGCCGUUUCACCGGCUACCUGGAGGUGACGCUGUGGGCCGUAUCGGUCUACACGUUCAUGUGGAUCUCGGUGGAUCGCUAUUUGGCCGUGCGCAAGCCUUUGCGCUACGAAACGGUGCAGACGAAGACGCGCUGCCAGUGCUGGAUGGUCUUCACAUGGAUAUCGGCGGCGCUGUUGUGCUGCCCGCCGAUACUCGGCUACACGCAGCCGAUAGUCAAUAAUCUAUCGCACAUCUGCAUGCUCGACUGGGGCAACAUGGCGGCAUACAGCGCUACGCUGGCGAUAUUAGUGUUAGGUCCCAGCUUAAUAUCGAUAGUACACAACUAUGGCUACAUAUUUGUAAUGAUGCGUAAGAUACGAUCGGGCGAGCCGAUACAUGAUAAAGAAUAUGCAACAGCAUUGGCUGAAAAUUUAUCGAACCCUAGUCAUAUGAUGUCAUUCGCAUUAGUCUUUGCAUUCUGGAUGUCCUGGCUGCCAUGGAUAUUAUUGCGACUAUACGAGGUGGUCAUGGGCGAGGUUAUCCAAAAUACUCUUAUCAAUUUCGCUGUCGUCUGGAUUGGCAUAUUGAAUUCGUUUUGGAAAAUUUUGAUCAUGUGCAGCAUGUCGCCCCAAUUUCGUAUCGCAUUGAGAGUAUUUUGUUUAACCAUUUGUUGUAAGACUAAGGGCAGAUUGCAAGCGGAGCUAAUCGGGUUGGACCCAGAUGACUAGAGCCGUUAAAUUUUCAAGUAUAAAUUGGUUGUAAAAUGCAUCUCUCUCAAUAUAUAUAUAUAUACACACAUAUAUAUAUAGAUAUAUGUGAAAUUCAUCUAUAUAUAUAUAUAUAGUUGCCCUACUAACUGAACCGUACUUGCCUCUAGGCCACAUGGUUGCAUAUUUAAUGGAGUGGCGGGCAGUACGUCUACCCCCACUUCCACUACUCCCAAUACCCAGAACCCACUAACAACAACAAAGAGAACACGAACACGAACAUCUAAACAGAUUUGAAAGACAUAUUCAUUUAGUAGAUCGUAAGCUUUACAAUUUAGUAAAAGUUUUUUAAGCAUAAACGAAAAGAAUUAUGUUACGAAUUCGAGGGAUUUAUUGAUAUAUAUGUAUAUGUAUUAUUGUGUAUUUAUGAGCUUAUAUCUGUAUGUAUAUAGCGUGAUACAUAUCUAGCUAUAUACCCAUAUAGACAACAAAAUCGAUAAUCGAUAGUCGAUAGACGAUCAUCGAUAAUAACAACUAAUGCCUAGUCUAAUUCUGUAUUCAACUUAUAUCACAACAAAAUUCUAUUUCUGUUCUAUUUGACUGCAGUUCCGUUACCAUUUCCGUUUCCGUUUCAGCCCCCAACUCUAUUAAAAAAAAAUAAUAAUAAUAAACAAAACAAGAAAUAUCUAGACGCUUGGCGUUUAAAGCUUUCGAAAAGUCCAUAUUCAGUAGCAUUCUAGAACCUAGUUUAAAUACUUAACUUAAUAAAUGCCAAAGAGGGAAGUAGAGAGAGACACCAAGUGGGCGGGGCAUUGUGAGCGUAGUUAAAAGUUUGUAGUUCCACAAAUUCCACGCGUUCCACACGUUCCACAUCGAUAAACUUUAACAGAACUUAGCUCAGAAAUCGAAAAACACAUUUCCAGUAGAAUUAGCGCUAAA